GCAAGAGAGUGGACAACGAAAACCCGGAAUUCCAGGAUAUCCUCGAAACAAUCUCUGAAUUCAUUCUACCAUUUGACAUGUCCAAAUUGUUGACAUUUCUUCCGUCUUGGCGGCCAUUUGUACCCGGAUUUUUAAUCAGACAGGAAGAUAGGUUGAAGAGGAGAGAGAAAAUUUACUCCUAUAUGCAGGGCCUCAUUGAUGAGCACAGAAGGACAGUGGAUCCGAGUGAACCCAGGGACCUGAUUGACUGCUACAUCAUCGAAGAAAAAAGGCUGAAAGAUGCUGGGAAGGAUUCUUCGACGUUUCAGGACGAUAGUGUUGCUUGGUCCCUCGCCGAUAUUUUCAUUGCUGGCGCUGAAACUACUUCGACGACCCUGAGAUGGUUCUUUUUGUACAUGGUCGUGUACCCGAAAAUACAGUCCAGAAUUCAAGAAGAAAUAGACAACGUCGUGGGUAAGGACAGGUUGCCAAACUCAGAGGACAGAGUCAGAAUGCCUUACACUGAAGCAGUCCUUUGGGAAAUUUGGAGACACAAAACAAUUGUUCCACUAGGAGUGGACCGAAGAGCUUCGAAGGACGUGGAGUUUGUUGGAUACCAAAUUCCGAAAGGUACAAUUAUGACGACCAUGAUUUAUGCCAUACAUCACGAUCCAGACAAUUUCGAACAUCCAGAAGUCUUUAAUCCCGACAGGUUCUUGACGGAAAGUGGACAACUGAUUAAGAAUCCGAAAAUCAUGCCUUUCCAAGCU